UGUUAUGGCGGAUGUUUUGAUCGUGCUGGCAGUCUUCCUGCCUAUUAUUCUCGUGUUGCUUCUCGCAAGAACAUUUUCAGUCAUCAAAAGAAUACAUAAUGGGAGAAUGGGAAAUCUGCCGUACAGAAAUAUGGUUAAUUCCGAAGUUAAAACCAUGAUUAUAGCAGGAUCCGGUGGACAUACCGCUGAAAUCCUUUCUCUGGUGUCUGGGCUUGCAGGCAGAGACACUAACAGGGGCAAAAAUAGAUAUUCUCCUAGGGAAUACAUAGUAGCCAAUACAGACACAAUGAGUGAAGACAGAAUCAAAACGGCUGAGGCAAAAAUGGGUUUUAAUUCUCAAUAUUUUAUAACCAAGGUGCCUAGAAGCAGAGAAGUGCAUCAAUCUUGGAUAACCACAGUAAUGACUACAUUAUAUGCAAGCUUGUAUUGUUUCCCUAUAGUAAUUAAAAGUAGACCAGAUUUGUUAUUGUGCAAUGGUCCAGGAACAUGUAUUCCACUGUGCUUUGCUGCAUUUCUUUUAAAGUUGACAGGAAUGAAGGAUGUUUCCAUCAUCUAUGUUGAGAGCAUCUGCAGAGUGGAAAGUCUUUCUCUAUCAGCCAGAAUCUUAUAUUACUUUGCUGAUCAUAUAUUAGUUCAAUGGCCACAAUUACUAAAAAAAUUUCCUGGGACUGAAUACAUUGGUAGAAUUGUUUAGCAGCCAGUUAAUUAAGUUGUAUGAUAAAUGUAUAGUUGCCUUAAUGCUUCUUAUUCUACUUCAAAAUUUAUGUCUGUGUAAAUCAUCCCCACUGUCAUAGCAUUUUGCUUGGUGCAAUGGCACAAGCAUUGUGAUUCAUCAAAGUCAAUAGAUAUACAACAUGUACCUCAGCUAGAACUCAUGUCAGAUACAUUAUAUAUUUCAGCUUCAAUGUACAUAUUUGUAUUUUGAGAGAAUUAUCCUGAUUUAAAGACAUUAGUUCACUUAGUCACAGAAUCCAUCAAGAGAAUUGUGCAAUGUCAAAACUUAAAGAAGCAGUGACAUUAAAAAUGGUAUGAGAUCAUAUUUAUAUUUUUUACCAACUUUUACUCCUUCAUCAGUCAAAUGUAACACCCUGAUGGUGCUGUUAGCAGGGGUUUAGCUUGCACACACACACAUACACACACUCGCUCACACACUCACCCACACAACCACAACCUCCCUAUUAGGGUUGCUGCUUUGGUACAUUAAGGUUAUUGUAGAGGUGUGAUAGGAUAUAUCUGUCCUCAUCACAGUUCACGGUGUUCUUAGUCUUUCUUAUCCAGAUGGAUUCCUUAUUAAUUGAUACCUCUAAUUUUCCAGUCACUUUCAUUUGAAUCUCCAAAAUUUUAGCACUGCCCUAGUCCACUGGAUAACUUGACAUAAUGCAACACAAGAGACAUAGUCUUUAGGUGUUGCAUUUUAUCUGUAAGAACAAAAUAGUCGGUAUGUAGUCAGUAUUGCAAUAGGUGUGCUGACCAAGCACAUCCACUACACUUCAUUUGCUCAAGGACUUGUAGUGACCUUGAUUUGCAUAAAUGAACAGUUUUUCCCUUGAGUGUGUGCCAGUCUGCUGUGUGUUGCAGAGCAAUGCAGUUGUCCAGAGUAAUGCAGUGGCAGAUGUGGAUUUAGUUUAUAGAAGCAUAACGUCUGUGGCCUCAUUGAGCUUCAUAGUGCAACAUUUGCAGAAGUGGAAAAACCUCCGCCCUAGUGAAAGUUUUGCCAUUCUGAACACUCUGCCAAAGUGAAAUAUGUGUCUACCAUGUCUGAGAAAAGAAAGACACCCACGAUGAAGGAAGAUAUUAUUAGUGAAAACGCUGAAGCACUUAAAUUGUCCAGGGCGUCCAACAUGGGGAAGUUAACAAAACUUUAUCAUGAUAUAGAAGUUUUAAUGGUUGAUUUUAGUAACUAAUGAAGCUAAUAAAAAGCAUUAAACUUGAAUUCUGUUGUAGCAUUAGAAAUUGUGUCAUAUGCUGAACAAUACGUAUAGACAAUUCAUUUCAUUUGUUGUUUGUGUUUUAGUUUUAUGGCAGUUUCCUGUAAAAUACUGAAAAUAAAUGAAAUCCCCAUUGACAAAUGUUUUAUUCUAUUCUGUGGCCCUGAUGAGCUACAUUACAUAGUUAUGAAAUCUUAAAAGAAUACUUCAAUUAUCCUGUUUUUAUAAACUCCAUUUUAGUUAUGUUAUUCACUCCUGUAAGUUUGGAGAUAACAAGUAACACAGUUUUGCAUUUAGUUGGUAAAUGAUAAAAGUUCACAAAAUAUGUAUUGUGUCAUUGUUUGCUAUCAUCAGUGUAUGCUUUUAAAGGUUUGAAAAUAAACAAGUUGAAUCACUACUGCGUUUUAAAGUGUCAAAAUAAUUGCUUU